AUGGCUGGCGAAUAUGAUACAGCAAUAACAGUAUUUUCACCGGAUGGUCGUCUCUUUCAAUUUGAAUAUGCACAAGAAGCUGCAAAAAAAAAGGUUCAACUGCUGUUGGUAACGGUUCGUAAAAUUUGUGUACUUGAUGAUCAUGUUGCUAUGGCAUUUGCUGGUUUAACAGUUAAUGCUCGUAUUGAAUGUCGAUCUCAUCGACUUCAUGUUGAAGAUCCUGUUACAAUUGAAUAUAUAACUCGAUAUAUUGCUGAUUUACAACAAAAAUAUACUCAAGAACGUGGUCGUCGUCCAUUUGGUUUAUCAACAUUAAUUGUUGGUUUUGAUUAA